AGAUACCAUAUGUUUUAAAUAAUCAAUAUUUUAAAUUUUAUUAACACACUUGAAUGUGAGCCGUAUUUUGCCAAAUUACAGGCUUAAUGGAACUGGAAGUGAGGCUUGUCCAAGGGCUAAAUUCACAAUACAAUAAGAUCCUCAAAAUAUGUAAAUCACAAUCAAAAAAUAACGUUAUAUACUUUGGCGGGGAUGUUCAAAAUCUUAAAGACGUUAUGCUUGCAAGUCGAGGAGACAAUAAGCGUUUUGUUCAAUGGAGUGCUGAAAACACGGCACUACUACUUAGCAAAAGGUUUCCAAAUCACAACAUCUGGAUCAUAUUGCCUUCCCAAUUUUACUUGAACACAUUUGCUUCUUAUAACAAUUUUGUUCCUAGUGAUAAAUUUGGAGUCCCGGAACCGUUUAUCUCCUUGACAUCACUAUCUUUCGGAAACAGUGGUGUGUGCCAUUUGGUUAGUUUGCUGAAAAACUUCUCUUCAUCUCUUCUAUGUUCUUCUCAACAUGAAAAAGUGAGGUUAAAUUUACCCUGUACUACCAUCAUAGAAGGAGACGACAAUGACGCUAGCCGUAAAUGGAUUAUGGGUAUCAAAGAUGUGAUUAGUGGGAACUAUUGGAAAUUAGUAGGAUUUAGCAAGGGGUGCAUGGUUUUAAAUCAAUUCGCGCACGAGUUUUCCCUUCUAACCUAUCUCCGGGAGCCCACCUUAGAAGUGAAAUCGCGAAUGGGGGAAUCGAAACCCGUUAAACCUUUGGCCGAGAUUGUGGUUAAAACUUUCUUUGAGAACAUCACCGCCAUGUAUUGGUUAGACGGUGGCCACUCUGGACCAACGAAACGUACCUGGAUAACUGAUCCCACUAUAGUCAAAAAUUUUGUAAAAAAUAUUUACGAUCGAAGGAUUUGUAAUUCUCUCGCGAAAAUUAUGAAUAUAGAAGUGCACGUAACGCCUUACCAAAUCAAAUGCGCUUUCAGACCUUGGAUAGGGGAAGAGGAAGCCCAAUUUUCCCUUAUGAUAAAAAGUGAGUUCGAUGCUAACCGAAAACGCAUUAAAGAUUCGAUGACAGAUGAGCCAUCAGCUCGAGAGUAUCUACAUAAAUUAGAUCGGGACUUAUCUUUUGUAAGGAAAGUGCAUUUUGAAGAAAUUCUUCCAUCUACGAUAGAUACACACUUCGAAUUAUUGACCCAUUUUUAGUUAAUUUGGCAAUUUUGUUUCGUGACUUAUCAUCAUUUCAAACUUUUUAAAAUAGUGAGGGUCAACUGGACUGGUUCAGACUGCUAUACUAAAGUGGUCAAUUGUGCAUUCAGAUCGAGUUUAGAAGUCGAAUAUAGUUUAGUUCCCUUCGCGUUGUGACAGACAAAAUAACCUAAAUUUAAUUUGGUUUUAAACUAGAUCUGAAUGCAUAUGACCCGUUUAUUUGGAAAUUUUAUUUGUGAAGUGUACCAAUCCUAGUUAGCCCGCGCAAGAUACUUUGAGCUUUAUAUUAAGAGAAUAAAAGAUGAGGCGUAUUUUUUUUUUACUACAAUCGCGAUAUUAUUUUAUUCCGCGUGUAAAUUUUACUAUAACUUUUCUUUAUAAAAAAAAUUUGUUACAAUACACCAAAUAUAAUAUUAAAGCAAAUCACGAUGACGCAAAAAAAAAUAUCAAAAUAAAAAUAAUACUUUCUUUGUUCUGCGUAUUGUAUAUCAAAAAA